AUGGUUACAGGGGCGGGUUCGAAACAAGAAGAAAAUACCUCACUAAGCUUCCAGAACACUUGUGACGAAGCAUUGGCUGGCUGCAAGACAGAACCCACUUGCAAAACGGCCCUUGCAGCGGUGAUGCAAUAUUGCAGUCCCUCGUCUUGCCGAAAGGACCAAUGUAUGCACUCCUUGCAGAAUUUCUACAGAAGCGUAGACCACAAAUGGAGUCUUGAGAUUGCCUUCUGCCUUUGCAAGUAA